AAGACGGAGCGGGCUCUGCGCCGGGCGGGCGGGCGGCGGGGGGGCCAGCGACCGCAGCCGGGGGGACGCAAGAGGAUGGAGCAAGUGGAGAUCCUGAGGAAAUUCAUCCAGAGGGUCCAGGCCAUGAAGAGUCCGGACCACAAUGGGGAGGACAACUUCGCCCGGGACUUCAUGCGAUUAAGAAGAUUGUCUACUAAAUAUAGAACAGAAAAGAUAUAUCCCACAGCCACUGGAGAAAAAGAAGAAAAUGUUAAAAAGAACAGAUAUAAGGACAUACUGCCAUUGAUAGUCUUUCCAGUUUCUUUUUCUGUCAGGGAAAUAAAUCUUAAACAGCUCCAGGGUGUCUAUGGGCCAAAAGCAUAUGUGGCAACCCAAGGACCCUUAGCAAACACCGUAAUAGAUUUUUGGAGGAUGAUAUGGGAGUACAAUGUUGUAAAAAAAUGUGAACGCUAUUGGCCUUUGUAUGGAGAAGACCCUAUAACGUUUGCACCAUUUAAAAUUUCUUGUGAGGAUGAACAAGCAAGAACAGACUACUUCAUUAGGACACUCUUACUUGAAUUUCAAAAUGAAUCUCGUAGGCUGUAUCAGUUUCAUUAUGUGAACUGGCCAGACCAUGAUGUUCCUUCAUCAUUUGAUUCUAUUCUGGACAUGAUAAGCUUAAUGAGGAAAUAUCAGGAACAUGAAGAUGUGCCUAUUUGUAUUCAUUGCAGUGCAGGCUGUGGAAGAACAGGUGCCAUUUGUGCCAUAGAUUAUACGUGGAAUUUACUAAAAGCUGGGAAAAUACCAGAGGAAUUUAAUGUAUUUAAUUUAAUACAAGAAAUGAGAACACAAAGGCAUUCUGCAGUACAAACAAAGGAGCAAUAUGAACUUGUUCAUAGAGCUAUUGCCCAACUGUUUGAAAAACAGCUACAACUGUAUGAAAUUCAUGGAGCCCAGAAAAUUGCUGAUGGAGUGAAUGAAAUUAACACUGAAAAUAUAGUCAGCUCCAUAGAAGCCUAUAUACAGUUGAGUUGCCUUGUAGAAGGGGAUGCUAAAGAAGAAAUACUGCAGCCACCAGAACCUCAUCCAGUGCCACCCAUAUUAACACCUUCUCCUCCCUCAGCUUUUCCAACAGUCACUACUGUGUGGCAGGACAAUGACAGAUACCAUCCAAAGCCAGUGUUACACAUGGUUUCAUCAGAACAACAUUCAACAGACCUCAACAGAAACUAUAAUAAAUCAACAGAACUUCCAGGGAAAAAUGAAUCAACUAUUGAACAGAUAGAUAAAAAACUGGAGCGAAAUCUAAGUUUUGAGAUUAAGAAGGUCCCUCUCCAAGAGGGACCAAAAAGUUUUGAUGGGAACACACUUUUGAAUAGGGGACAUGCAAUUAAAAUUAAAUCGUCUUCACCUUGCAUAAUUGAUAAAAUCUCUAAAACACAGGACUUAAGUUCAGGGGAUCUAAAAGUUGGUGAUAUUUCUCAGAAUUCUUGUGUGGACUGCAGUACAACACAGUCAAACAGAGUUCCAGUUACUCCACCAGAAGAAUCACAGAAGAAUUCAGACACACCUCCAAGGCCAGACUGCUUGCCUCUUGAUGAGAAAGGACAUGGAACAUGGUCAUUUCAUGGACCAGAAAAUGCCAUCUCCAUACCUGAUUCAUCUGAAGGAAAAUCCUCAGAUAUCCACUAUCAAACUAUGAAAACUGUGAGUUCAACACCAAGCCCUACAGCACAAGUUGAAACCCAUGAUCUUGUGGAUCAUCAUAAUAGUUCACCUCUAUUCGGAGCACCCCUCAGUUUUACUAAUCCUCUUCACUCUGAUGACUCAGACUCAGAUGAAAGGAACUAUGAUGGUGCUGUGACCAAGAAUAAAACUAAUAUUUCAACAGCAAGUGCCACGGUUUCUGCUGCCACUAGUACUGAAAGCAUUUCUACUAGGAAAGUAUUGCCAAUGUCCAUUGCUAGACAUGAUAUAGCAGGAACUAUACAUUCAGGUGCUGAAAAAGAUGUUGAUGUUAGUGAAGAUUCACCUCCUCCCCUACCUGAAAGAACUCCUGAAUCUUUUGUAUUAGCAAGUGAACAUAUGAUGGGCUUGAUGACCUCUGGCAAUGAAAAAUGUGAUCUUAUAGCAGGAAGUAUUCACACAGAGACUUGUACAGAAUGUCCACCUAUUUUCAGUGACAAGAAAGAACAAAUAUCAGAAAGUCCAACAGAAGCCACAGAUAUUGGUUUUGGUAAUCGCUGUGGAAAACCCAAAGGACCAAGAGAACCACCUUCAGAAUGGACAUAAUUCAGGGAGCUAAAAGACACUUUAAAUUAUACUGGAAAAUUCAAGUGCCACUGAAAGCCAGAUUUAUAGUAUUCCAUCUUCAAAAUGUGGGGACUAACAGCAGUGUAGAUUGUUACCUUAAUAUUUUCUUGCUGGGACCAUCUACCUGCCUUAUACUACACUUAGGAAAAAGUAUUAUAUAUCGUUUAUUUUGUAACUUAAAGUAUUAUUGCCUUAAUGUCUCUUAACCCUGUUACACGCUGCUUGUAGACAUGUUAAUAUAGUAAUACUUUUAUGAUAAAUUGAGUUUAUGGACUACUCUUGCUGUUUUAUCAUGUAUGCAUUAU